AUGCUAUUUUCGUUAAUCAUAUUUUUGGUGUUUUUUUUAGAAGAAUGUUACAUUUUAUGCUUAAAAAAAAAAUACAAUUUUCUACUAAAAGAAAAUAAUACAAUAUACCAUCACAAACAAAGAGAAUGUACUAAUAAAUCUUAUUUAUCAUUAAAGAAACAUAAGAAAAGUCAUUACUGUAAAAAUGAAAAGAAAAGGUUAAUUCUAAACAAUAGGGAAGGGUCACAGAAUGAAUAUAAGGUAGAUAUAGAAAAGAAAAUACUUGGCCAUAAUUUAUUUAAUUUCAGCUUAGUAGAUAUUCUAACUAUUUUCAAGCUAUUAUUAUAUUUAAAAAAAAUAACUUUAUAUCGUCAUAAUAAUAAUGUAUCAAUUCAAAUAAAAGAACCCUUAAGAGAAAAUAAUAACAGCUAUCGUGAUACAAUAUAUGAGUAUGGACUAUUUUUAAAAAAAUAUUUAUCAAAAAAUAAAAAUGCAAGAAACACAUUUUUUAAUGUAAUCGAUACUAAAUUAAUAAGAACUGGGGAAAUAUGUUGUGACGCGACUGAAAAGAAUGAACAAACAUGUAAUAAUUUACACCAAACAAAAAAUCAACAAACUCAAACGGUUAUUCCCAGUAGUAAUGAUCAAUUGGAAAAUAAUGACACAGACCACUUUAUAAAAAACAGGGGGGAUAUGAAGGAAGAUAAAAAAAAUAUAUCUAAUAUUAUAAGGAUUUUAAAAAAAAUAAUUAAAAAUUUAUACAUUGAUGUAAAAGAAGAACGUUACAUAAAUAAUAUUAACGAUAAAACAAUUUUAAUUGUAUUUUAUGUAAAUGGUAAAAAAUUUGUAAUUUCGUGUUGUUAUAAAAAAAUUGAUAGAAUGUAUUAUCUAUAUAAAAAUACAGUAUAUGUUGAAGUGUGUGAUAUAAUAAAAAAAGACAUUGCAAUAAUUAAUCUUAUAUCGAAUAAUAAAUUAUUCUGUGAUUUUAGUAAAGAUAAAAUAUCGGUUAACCCAUUUUAUAUAAAAUAUUAUGUUAAAUAUUAUCUCAAUACAUUAUUUCAUUUAAGCCCUAAAUUGGUAAUAAAUAAUUAUUCAAGCAUGCUAUAUAAUAAUAAGUUUCCGUAUAUAUCUCAAAUCGGUAAUUCACAUAAUAAUAUAGACAAAAAUAUAAUGCAUACAUUUUUUUUAAAUAAUAAAAAUUCUAUUGAUAUAAAACAACCUCAAAAUUAUGAAAACAAACAAAAUGAUACAAUAAGAAAGUAUGAGCAUAUAAAAAAAAGAAAAGAUAUAAACAUCAAAGCGAUAAAAAUAUAUAUGAAUGGGAAGUAUUAUGUAUCGAUUCCAAUGUGUUUAAUAUAUAAUGUAAUUAAAAAAAAAUUUUAUAUAAACAACAUUUUUUAUAUUGAUAAUACAAAACACAAUUUAGAAGACAUUUGCACACUUAUGGAUAUAUAUUUUAGUAACAUUAAUUUUUUUCAAAGUAAUAAUUUUAUUUAUUUAAAUAACACAAAUAUAAUAUUAAAUAGUGACCAACUAAAAUUUGAUCUUAACUAUAUUCUUCUUUUUUAUUUUGUAUAUUUUAAUAACAAAAAAAAAUUGCAUACACCGAAGGAAAUAAAUCCACUAUUUCCUUUUUAUAAUAUAAUGUAUAAUAAAAAAGGAAAUAAUUCAAAAAUUAUAAAAAAAAUUGUAUAUAAAGCUGAUAGCAAUUUUGUUAAUUUUGUAUAUUAA